UCACCUCACUGCCCCUCUCACUCACUUGCACAUCAACCGCGCCCAAACGCGAACCCUAACUCGCUCAUCCACCACCAUCACCAUGUUGAUCCAGGAAUCCCACGUCGACGUCUCCGUCUCUGCCAAUGGCAAGGACAGCCCCAUGCGAAUCUACGUCUUCCACCCGACGAUCCCGGGAUAUCCCAAGGCUCGCUUCCCCGGCGUCUGUCUAUUCAGUGAAAUCUACCAAGUCACCGGCCCCGUAGCCCGCUUCGCCCGCCAAAUCGCUGGCCACGGCUACAUCGUCGCCGCCCCGUCGUCGUACCACGACUUUGUCGGCCCCGAGCCGCUGGCCUACGACGCCGCCGAUACAGAUCGCGGGAACCAGUUCAAGAUUCAAAAGACCCUCGACUCGUACGACGCAGACUCCCGCGCCACCGUCGACCACCUCCUCUCCCUCUCGACCUGCACUGGCCUCAUCGGCGCCACGGGCAUGUGCCUGGGAGGCCACCUCGCGGUCCGCGCUGCCCUCGACCCGCGCAUCACCGCCUGCGUCUCCUACUUCGCCACCGACAUCCACUCACGCACGCUCGGCCCCUACGAGGCGCCCAACGCGGCCGCUGCCCCUCCUCCGGGCUCCGCCCACACGCUCGACCUAUUCUCGCGCCUGCGCGGCGAAGUCGCCAUGAUCUUCGGCAUCAAGGACACCCACGUCCCCGACGCCGGCCGCGAUCUCAUCCGCGCCAAGCUGCGCGACGCCGGCGUCGUCUUUAGCUUCCACGAGUUCGCCUGGGCCCAGCACGCCUUCAUCAGGGACGAGCUGAGUAAGGGCCGCUACGACCCCGCCGUCACAAAGGUCUGCUUCGAGGUUCUGCUUGAGCUGUUUGGCAGGGUUCUCAAGACGGACCUCGGACCCCGUGACGGAGCGGUUCCUCCCCCAGAGCACGUGUGCUGAAUGUUUUGCGUAGUGGAGAAAAAGGCAUCAAUGUAAUAAUCACCAACGAACCCAUCGUGGUAAAAAUACUCUCGUCUCUUCCUUUAAUCUAUGGUAUCGUGAAGAUACACUCGUAAAACUCUACAGCCGAAUCGUUGUCGGCGAUGCCUCAGUAGGCAAUCCGGCCAAGCAUUGCCCGUCCGCAGCUGCUUGCUGCGCGGCACGCGUUAUGCCUCCACAUUAUAGUCCAA